UCUUAGAAAGACGUGUAGAAUUUAUAUUGAAACGGUAAUGAAAAAGGUUUUUAACAUAUAAUACACAAAUAUGCAUACCUCAGGGGAUUUUGUUCUGCAUGGUGGUGACACCGCAUUUGCAAAUAGACAAAAGCUUUUGUUUGAUAAAUUGUCAGAUGCAGAACAGAAGUGCAAUAAGGAUAAAACAGUCCUUGAAAUUAUGGAUGAAGAUAUGAUUAUUGAUGAAAGAAAUGAUUCUCAAAUUGUGAGAUCAGGUCAGAAGCGAACACAUGAAACAAGAAGGUUUCGUGGUAAAGAAAGUAUUUUCAAACGACCUGAAGGUCCUGCACCACGUGCAGCUAAUAGAAAUAUACCAGAUUAUCAUAAGAAUCCUCAUAAAUGGAUGAAAUAUAGUUUGGGUGAUGUAUCUAAUGAUGAUAUGACAGAACAAAGCAAUACAAGAGCUGCAUUAUCAUUUUUAAAAGAGCUAAGAGCACGCAGAUCAAUAUAUCAAAUAGAGGCUGCAGAGAAAAUGGAUGUCAAUGAUCUUACAUCAACUGAACACGAUCAAACUAAGAUAAUAUUCAAAUCUAAAAAAGUUAAAACAAAUUCAGAAAUUGAGUUCAAGAAACCAGAAAGUAAUAUUCAGAAAACACAGAAUGAGCCAAUCAUUGUUGACCAUGAUGACAAACCAAUAUUUAGAAGUAGCAAAAUUAUUAUGCCAGAGUAUGUUGUUGGACAGAAACAGAAGAAGAAAAGUAAAAAGGACAAGCCUGUACAAAAAAUAAAUCGUUUGAAACAACUUAAAUUGGAUCAUUUAGAACAAUUGAACGAAGAAGAUUGAAUAUAUGUUUGACCCUAUUUUAAUAAACUAUGUUUAGUUAAACAUUUAUAAAAUAUAAA